CCGGUUUCACUGUCAUCAUUGCCUAGCAACCUAUCAACACAAAGUCAGAGCUGAACAGAAGAAGCACAUAAUAACAGGCUCACCACACACAGACAUCUAGGACUUUUCACAAAUUUGACAUUAUGCCCACUACUAGGGACCCAUUUCCAUAUCCUCGUUUUGAGAAUGAAGACACUUUCCAAGGGAGGGAGAUUCCGGUAGGUAAACACAGUCAGAUGAGUACUUUUAUCAGUAAUAAAUACUAGUAACAAUGCUGGUAAUAAUCAUGCAUAGGAUGCUAUUUAACCCCUUAAGGACACGACAUGUGUGACAUGUCAUGAUUCCCUUUUAUUCCAGAAGUUUGGUCCUUAAGGGGUUAAAGCAAGAAUGUAUAAUGAAUCAAGAUCCAGAUUUGCUUAAUUCGGUUGGCAAUGCGUUCAGUGUCUGGUUCAGUGAUUUCACAUGGAAAUCCUAUACAAAGUUUAGGGUUUGCAAGAUUCACAAGGCACCAGUUUUAACCAAAAAUCAGAACCAAAUGCAUCUGAGAAACUGCUAUGUUUACCUAUGGGUUAAUCCAGUCUCUAUUGACUUCUGCGCUUUUCACUGUGAUUUUCACAGACAGAAGACGCCAGCGUCCAUAGGAAAGCAUUGAGAAUGCUUUCCUAUGAGACUGGCUGAAUGCGCGGCCGCGCAUGCAGCCGAUGACAUUAGAAGAGGGAGGAGAGUCCCAUCGCCGAGGGAGCCCGGCACUGGAGAAAAGGUAAGGGAUUAACCCCUUCCUCCCCCUUCAGCCCGGCGGGAGUGGGGGCACCCUCAGGGCACUAUAGUGGCCCUUUAACACUAAUAUCUGUAUAAUGAUACAGCCUAAUAUUGUCUGUGGGUAUUUUUUUUUUUUUUUUAGAUUCCACUAAACUGCUCCACAAAGGACUCCUCUUUGUAAAUAAAAAAAAGAAAAUAUAUAUAUAUAUAUAUAUAUAUAUAUACACACAUACAUACACAUACACACAUAUACACACACACUUGUGUAAUGUAACUGAAGAUUCUGAUGGGGAAAACAAAACGGAUGCAACAAAGAAAAAUCCACCUUCGUCUCGCAAUGGCCCCACACAGAAUGAGGCUUGAAACUGGCCAUUGAUGGGGCAUGGGGUAGACAGUGAUUUUGGAUGAGGCCAUGGGUGGAGGACUAAAGUUUCCACCCUCGUACUUUACAAAAUGUUAACACAAAAGAACACAGUAAUGAAUAUUGAAUAUGCCAAAAUAUUUGUACAAAAUAGGGUAUGAAUCCGAUGAUUUGCAGAUUUGACCACUUCUAACAAAAUUAAAGAGAAUAUAAUUUUAUUCAUAUAUGUAUUCAUUAUUCUGAUUAUUCCUGCGACUUGCAGAAAGCAACUUACAAGAAACCAUCUUACAUAGCACAGCAGGAAGAUCCAUGGAAUCGUUUAAAUGCCACCCCAACACUUUCCAGUGCCAGGAGAUCUUAUUAUUACAAUGAUCCAGAGGUGAGUCAAAGUCUGUCACACUUACUUUAAUUCAUUAAUGCAAAAAUGUUCUAAUCAGAUCACCCAUUUCAGAAAAUACUGUGCUUUUCCUGAAAAACCUCAAUAAAAAAAUUAGACCUUCCACACUUCAUGUUUUGAUUAUGUGAAAAUACAAAUCUCCACAAAUUUUUUUUUUAUUUAUUUUUUUAAUAGGCUCCAUCUAACAGUUUAGAUUACAGUCUAAAGUCCUUGUAUGACCACCACAAUGAACUCCUGAAAGACCGCAAUAAAACACUUUUUCAGGUGGAGACUUUCACUGAUGACCAUAGGUGCGUACACCAUGUUAAUAUGAAAAGAUGUUUUUUUUUGUUUGUUUUUUUAUGUGUAGCUUACUUCAUUAAUAGAAUCUUGCAGGCACACUUAUGGCAAUGUUACUGUUCAAGAUACUUUUUGCAAACCAAAGUGUGCCAAAAGAUAUCCUUAAAACGUACAUAAAGAGCAUAACAAAGGGAUUUUAUAGUGCCAGUAAACAAACCCAUUUUCCUGGCACUAUAGGCUCCUGCAGUGGACCCCCCUCCAGCGGUGCUACCUGAAUCCAGCACAGAUGUCCCUCGGUGCUGGUUUAGGCUCCGCCCAUGCUGACGGCAAUGGCCACGCUCACAAUAGGAUUUCACCAACCUAUGGGGGGGAAAGUCUGACGCUGGAGGUCCUCAUGGAGAGCGUCAGGACGUCCAGAGUCAUUUAAACCAAAGGCCUCUUUUGAUUCCAGAAGUCCCACUAGACAGUAACUAGAGAAGGAGUUAGCUUUCAGAGGUAAUUAUUGCAGUUUCUCAGAAACUGCAUUAAUUACCACUGUAAGGUUAAGGGACAUGGGACAUUGCACCCAGACCACUACAAUGAGCUGAAGGGGUCUGAGUACCUACAGUGUCCCUUUAGUGUGUUUGGCAUGCUCUAACUAGCAUGCACGCUCAAUCAAUGCCAUCCACAGUUGGACAAAAUGGUCAUUGUUAAUUGAUGAUUACAUUUCACAUUACAGCAGAAAUCAGAGCUCGGUGUCGAGCCUUAGGCACCUGGGGCAGGGGGUUCACUCGGUCAACCACUUAAAUUAGUUAUGGUUGUGAUGGACCGCCUGGCACCCCCGACUGGGUACCUCCGUCAAUCGUUGCUUCCUAAUAUUUGUGAGUACAAGCACUGUACUAGAACAACAUAACCACCGUAGACAUCACAAACUGGCGCAGCUUGGUUGGGGUCUCGCCAUCCUCCACCCACCCUGGAACCAAGACCAAGAUCCAGCUUCCAGUGGGUAGACCUCUCCUAGUCCAGAGAGUGUAGCAAGAACAGCUUUUAUAAGAGCUAGUGAUUAUACCCGGGGGAGUAUAGUGAUUAUAGCAAUCCCCGGAGUGAAUGUAGUUCUCCAAUCCCCCAAACAUGCACAACACUCCCAUAACAAACAUACAAUCCCUCCUCCCUGCUUGAGAUAUAAUUGGAUCAGUAACUGUACUAAUUCUAAACCAAUUAUCUCCAAGCACAGACAAAAACAAAACAUACUUUUUAAAAAACAUAUAAAACCCCACAAAUGUUACAUCCCCUGAUCUGGGUGACCAACAUAUCCAAAACUCACCCAGAUCAGUUCAGGGGUUCAGACAUUUUAUGGAAGUCAUAGUUUUUAGCGACCGCGGGCAUGGUCCUAGAGCCCAAAAUAGUUCCACAGAAUUGCGGCUAACUGCCGCUGGAAGACAGACCGAGAACUGCAAGGUUUUCAUGCCGAAAAUAGUUCCAGGGCAUUUGCGGCUAAGUCCCCCUGAAGUAUAUUCACGGUUUUGGUCCAUGUGAACAAGAUGGUCGCCACCUCGUGGUCAGCCAUAUGAAUUGCAGCCACAAAGAUGCACGAACAGAGCCGGUUUCAAUUAUUUUAGCCAGGUCUAUUGCAAGGGCCAUAGUUACAGGGUAAGAGGCUGGUAAACAGGCCCCUCCAAAAACCAGUGGUCUGCAAUUUGAUUCCACAAAAUUUCAUUGUGUAUAGCAACUAUGCAUAAUGAAUCAUACAUUUAUUUGGCAUUUAUAUAGCGCCAACUUAUUCCAUAGCAAUUUACAUUAUAAAAGGGGGACAUUUAACAAAUAAAAUAAUUACAAAAUGUUGCAUGAACAAUAGGUUGAUGAGCACCCUGCUCACACGAGUUUACAGUCUAGAGGACGUGGGAUAUAAAAACACAGUAAGAAGGGCAUCGAGGGGGAUAGCAACCAAACAACAAGGUUGGAAGGUAGCAGAACUUGAGGUAAGAGUGGAAUGAGGACUUUUAGGAGAGAGAGACAGGUUUGUGAAAUAGAAGUUACUCAGGGUGGCCAUAAGCUUUUCUGAAGAGACUGGUUUUGAGGGGUCUUCUGAAAGGACCACUAUAGUGCCAGGAAAACAUUUGUUUUCCUGGCACUAUAGUGCCCUGAGGGUGCCCCCACCCUCAGGGUCCCGCUCCCGCCGGACUCUGGGGAGAGGAAUGGGUUACAAAUCUUACUUUCCUCCUCCUCUUUUCCUUCCUAGCGACGUCAUCGGCUGAAUGCGCAUGCGCGGCAGGAACCGCGCGCGCAUUCAGCCAGUUCAUAGGAAAACAUUUACAAUGCUUUCCUAUGGACGCUGGCAUCUUCUCACUGUGAUUUUCACAGUGAGAAGCACGCAGGCGCCUCUAGCGGCUGUCAAUGAGACAGCCACUAGAGGCUGUAGAGGCUGGAUUAACCCUCAGUGUUCUCUGAAACUGCUAUGUUUAUAAAAAAAAAAAAAAAAGGUUUAACCCUAGCUGGACCAGGCACCCAGACCACUUCAUUAAGCUGAAGCAGUCUGGGUGCCUAUAGUGGUCCUUUAAAUGAUUGAAGACAAGGCUAGAGUCUGAUGGUUGUAGGUAGACUGUUUGGGAGGAAAAGAGACGCCUGUGAGAAGUCCUGCAAGAACGAGUUAGCAGUAAGUGUUUGAGCAGUUGAGAGGUUACAUGUUUAACCUUGUAACAAGAUUGCAUAGUUUGAGGUUUUUUUUUUGUUUUAAACACAUUGUCUGGUUCUGCAAAAGCUCAAUGUGUUACUCCUGAUAAAACAAUGCAUUACAUAUUUGGCCUUUGUUGCCAGUGCUCCAGCUACUAUGAACAAGUUAAAAGUUGUGCUUAAUAUGACUAUUCCUACAUUACAUUAACAUGUAGUUUCUCAUAACAAAACUAUCAGGGCUCAAAUUGUCCACUCACCUGCAAGUUAAUUUUUCAAUCCGUUUUACUUGUCUCCAGGCAAUAUCCGGUAUUUCGUCAAAUAAGAUGAUCAUAUUUGAUUUACACACAAGAGUACGAUUGGUCAUCACCAAACUUCUGCAAGAUUUCUGCAAACCCAGUUAGAAUCUGGUCAUUUUCACCCACUUUUGCCAGUCUGGACAAAAUUUGUCCCAAAUUGUUUAGUGAAUAAUCCCAUAUGUGAGCUGCUAAAAGUCUACCAAUUCUGCUUUGCAGGAGAAUCCUUAAAAAUAGAGUUAAAACAUCACCACCUAAUCAGGCAGAAAAGUCAAGUAUUCGUCAGUGGGUGAGUCCUGAGAAGGUUAACAUUUACAGCCUAGAUGGGGCCAUUGGUGAGUAAAACGUCAGUGCUUUUAAAUUUAACAGAUAUAUCAUUAACGUGAAACUAGUGCCAGGAAAACAAGAUCAGGUCCAGCGGUGAUGCCCAUCAGCUCUGGCUUGGCCCCACCCAUAUGGGAGACCUAAUGCACAGCAACAGCUGCACUCACAUUAGGAUUUCCCCAUAGGAAAGCAUUAUUCCAUGCUUUCCUAUGGGAAGUCACGUCUAGCUUUAAAAAAAAAAUUACUUAUCUUUUUCCAGUGCUGAGGCUCCUUUGCCACUGUGCACCUCAAGAGCCAUCUCAUAGGUGGCAUAGGCUCCUCUGUGAUGGUCCAGCGUACGCAUUAGCCGCCCAAUGCUUUCAAGAAAAGCAUUGGAUUACCUGAGAAUGUCAAUUCUGAUGAACUCAGCCAAGGAGGCGGAGCAGCCGGUACCAGCGGACCUGAGUGGUGCUUAGUAAAUGGGUAAGUAACAACUCUUUUUGAAAGGAGGCAAAAGGAAGAUUGGUCACCUAAGUAGUGUGAAUAAUACACUACAAGUAUAAGUUUAUUUUCUUCUAAAAUACCCUAAUAUCUUAAAGGGACACUCCAGGCACCCAGACCACUUUUCCCCAUUGGGUGCCAACUCCCACUACCCUUAACCCUGCAACUGUGAUUAUUGCAGUUUUCAUAAACUGCAAUAAUUACCUUGCAGGGUUAACUCCUCCUCUAGUGGCUGUCUACUAGACAGCCACUAAAGGGCACUUCCUGCUUCAUAGCACUUCCUGUGCACUUCCUCCAGCAUCGCUCAUUCCCCUUAGGAAAGCAUUGAAAAACAUUUUCAAUGCUUUCCUAUGGAGAGCUCUAAUGUGCAUGCGCCGGCUGACGUGAUGAAGGGGAGGAGCAGCAGCGACCUGAAACCACCGCCGAGGGAGAUCAGCAGUGGUCUCAGGUAAGUCACUGAAGGGGUUUUCACCCCUUCAGCAACCGGGGAUGGGUGGUGGGAGAGAGAGGGGACCUGCAGUGCAAGGAAAACGGAUUGUUUUCCUGGCACUGGAGAGUCCCUUUAAGAGCGCAGCUUUCGAAGCAGGACAUACAUUUGAGGACAGAGCAAAUUUAGAAUUUUUUGAUGUUUGGGUUCAAUUAAAAUUAGUAUUUUUCAUAUUAAUUGCACACAUUCUACAGAAAAAGUAUGUGAACCCUUUUGAAUGAUAUGUAUUUCUGCACAAAUUGGUCAUAAAAUGUGAUCAUCAUCUAAGUCACAACAAUAGACAAUCACAGUUUGCUUAAACUAAUAACACACAAAGAAUGAAAUGUUGCCAUGUUUUUAUUGAACACACCAUGUAAACAUUCACAGUGCAGGUGGAAAAAGUAUGUGUAAAAGGAUUUAAUAACUGGUUGAACCUCCUUUGGCAGCAAUAACUUCAACCAAACUUUUCCUGUAGUUGCAGAUCAGACGUGCACGACGGUCAGGAGUAAUUCUUGACCAUUCCUCGUUACAGAACUGUUUCAGUUCAGCAAUAUUCUUGGGAUGUCUGGUGUGAAUCGCUUUCUUGAGGUCAUGCCACAGCAUCUCAAUCGGGUUGAGGUCAGGACUCUGACUGGGCCACUUCAGAAGGCGUAUUUUCUUCUGUUUAAGCCAUUCUGUUGUUGAUUUACUUCUAUGCUUUGGGUCAUUGUCCUGUUGCAACACCAAUCUUCUGUUGAGCUUCAGCUGGUAGACAGAUGGCCUUAAGUUCUCCUGCAAAAUGUCUUGAUAAACUUGGGAAUUCAUUUUUCCUUCGAUGAUAGCAAUCCGUCCAGGCCCUGACGCAGCAAAGCAGCCCCAAACCAUGAUGCCCCCACCACCAUACUUCACAGUUGGGAUGAGGUUUUGAUGUUGGUGUGCUGUGCCUUUUUUUCGCCACACAUAUUGUUGUGUGUUUCAUCUGUCCACAGAAUAUUUUGCCAGUACUGCUGUGGAACAUCCAGGUGCUCUUGUGCAAACUGUAAACGUGCAGCAAUGUUUUGUUUGGACAGCAGUGGCUUCCUCUGUGGUAUCCUCCCAUGAAAUCCAUUCUUGUUUAGUGUUUUACGUAUUGUAGAUUCGCUAACAGGGAUGUUAGCAUUUGCCAGUGACUUUUGUAAGUCUUUAGCUGACACUCUAGGAUUCUUCUUCACCUCAUUGAGCAGUCUGCGCUGUGCUCUUGCAGUCAUCUUUACAGGACGGCCACUCCUAGGGAGAGUAGCAGCAGUGCUGAACUUUCUCCAUUUAUAGACAAUUUGUCUUACCGUGGACUGAUGAACAGCAAGGCUUUUGGAGAUACUUUUAUAACCCUUUCCAGCUUUAUGCAAGUCAACAAUUCUUAAUCGUAGGUCUUCUGAGAGCUCUUUUGUGCGAGGCAUCAUUCACAUCAGGCAAUGCUUCUUGUGAAAAGCAAACCCAGAAGUGGUGUGUGUUUUUUAUAGGGCAGGGCAGCUGUAACCAACACCUCCAAUAUCAUCUCAUUGAUUGGACUCCAGUUGGCUGACAUCUCACUCCAAUUAGCUCUUGGAGAUGUCAUUAGUCUAGGGGUUCACAUACUUUUUCCACCUGCACUGUGAAUGUUUACAUGGUGUGUUCAAUAAAAACAUGGCAACAUUUCAUUCUUUGUGUGUUAUUAGUUUAAGCAGACUUAUAGUCUAUUGUUGUGACUUAGAUGAUGAUCAGAUCACAUUUUAUGACCAAUUUGUGCAGAAAUCCAUAUCAUUCCAAAGGGUUCACAUAAUUUUUCUUGCAACUGUAUACCUUUAUUUAAAGGACAAAAAGGCGCUUUAAUUUAAUUUGAUAUAUAAAUUCUCAUUUAAUAAAUAAAUAUAUUUUCACAGUUUUAGCAAUAACAUUUUCAUAUGUCCAACUUUGGAACAGUAAUUUAAAAUAAAUUAAUUCAUGUGUCUUGCUUUACACAGUACAUAACUAAUUUAUUUUGAAAAUUACAGUUCACAAAAUACAAGGAAUAUAAUUUCACAAUUUGUUUUGCAAGUUUGUACCAAGUGUAGUGAUAAGCAUAAUUUCUUCCUUUUUGAUACAGUGUGUUUUUACAGUAUAUUUUGCAAACCUUGUGUGCGCUGCGGCUGUAUAAUACUUAGUAUGUCUUCUGAGUACAUCAAUAUCCCCAUAUUUACCUUUGUCAGGUAGAUGUGGAUGUUUGAGAGACACAAUUCAGUUUUGCUACGAGGGGGUUAAUACCUCCACUGUCUAAAUACAAAUCAGCACGGUUUAGUAGAUAUACCCCCAAAUUAAAGGCAUGCAUUUAAUUACACUUAUUUUUCAUUUUGCCCAGUGUUUGUGACUAAGUGGCUACUCAAAAAACAACAACAAAAAAAACACAACCAACCACAAACACAGGACAUACCCCCAUUUGCAAUACUUUGAGUUGUCUAUUUUUCUGAUCUGAUCUUAAAAAAGACCCCAAUGGGUCAAAACAUCGAUUGAAUUUUUAAAAAAAAUUUGCGCUGGAACUAUGGAAUAAAACUACACAAUUUUUUUUCAUUGAAAAAACCUGUCAGAGCACCUCUUUAAAAAAUAUUUUUUUUUUUACGCGGGAUUGCACCAAGGCAUAUACUACCUGGAUUAAAGAAACGGUGAGUGCCAAGUAUAUAUUUAUUUUUUAAUACAAUGUUAAACAAAAAUCUGCACACCAGUCAAGCCACAAUACUUGCUUUUCCUACAGAAAUCACAAAUUUGAAGUGAUGUUACUACUGACAAGGAUUCUGGGUGGGCAUGUGCAAAUUAGUUUAACGAAGAAUCACAUUUUUGCUUCAUUCCAUUUUAAACAUGGAUACCAAUUAUAACGAAAGCUGGUAUUUAAUCGACCCGUUAGUUUGGUUCCUUCCAAACUGUUAGGUACUUAGUGAUUAUAGCUCGUUCGGGUGCUGAGUUGUACGUUCCCCCGAGAACCCCAGUGUAACAUUAAUAAAUUACGCUGUUCAGCAGUUACAUACCCAAACAGUAGAGACUAGAUGAAGGGUACAACAAUACACACACAUUCUAAAGUACUUUUAUUUACUUUAUAAAACUUUUGUGCAGCCAUUAGGGGCUGUCAGACAGUCCCCAGGAUUGCGACUGCUGGCAUGUAUGUCCUAUGCCCCCCUCCUUAAGGAGGGCAUAGAACACCCGCUGUCCUUAAAGGACCACUCUAGGCACCCAGACCACUUCAGCUUAAUGAAGUGGUCUGGGUGCCAGGUCCAGCUAGGGUUAACCCAUUUUUUUAUAAACAUAGCAGUUUCAGAGAAACUGCUAUGUUUAUGAAUGGGUUAAGCCUUCCUCCAAUUCCUCUAGUGGCUGUCUCAUUGACAGCCGCUAGAGGCGUUUGUGUGAUUCUCACUGUGAAAAAUCACAGUGAGAGCACGCAAGCGUCCAUAGGAAAGCAUUGUAAAUGCUUUCCUAUGAGACCGACUGAAUGCGUGCGCAGCUCUUGCGCAUUCAGCCCAAUGGGAGGUGAGGAGGAGAGCUCCCCGCCCGACACUGGAGAAAGGUAAGUUUUAACUCCUUCCUCUCCCCAGAGCCGGGCGGGAGGGGGACCCUGAGGGUGGGGGCACCCUCAGGGCAUUAUAGUGCCAGGAAAACGAGUGUUUUCCUAGCACUAUAGUGGUCCUUUAAGGAGGUUAAUGAAGCAGUGUGUGUAAAUAUAUAUCAUUCCCCAGUACUCCCUCCUGCUGAAUACACUGCUAUUUAGGUAUCAUUGAAAUCAGGAUUAUUCAAAAGUGGGGUAUUAUCAUAAUAGAGUGAAUUUCAAAUAUAGGUCCCAAUAACCAAAAGAUUUUUUUCUUUUUUAGUUUGACUAUUUUUAUAUUAAAUUUAAAAAAGUGCUUUAAAUCCCUGACAAUUCUCACUUUAGUGAAUAAUUAUGCUUUUGUAGCCUAAGUAACAUCAAUACUAGACUUGUGCAUUAAUGAUUUUCAAUCAAUAAGACACCACAGGCAAAUCCCAGAAGGAUUGAUUUGUUUGUGCAUACCAGCAUUAUGCACAAGUCUAAUCUCCAUUAGCACACCAGUUAGAAAACUGAAAGAGACAAGAAUAUUGCUAAACUUAAGGAAGUGUAACAUACACAUUAUUAUUGCCAUUUAUAUAACACCAACAGAUUCCAUAGCACUUUACAAUUUUAUGAGAGGAGGGAUUUUAACUAUAAAUAGGACAAUUACAAGAACACUUACAGGAACGAAAGGUUAAAGAGGACCCUGCUCAAACGAGCUUACAGUCUAUAGGAGGUGGAGUAUAAAAAACACUUAAGAACAGGAAAUAGAAAUAAAAUAAGGUGGGAGUAAAGUGCUGCUCUUUAGAAGAGAGCAAGAUCUAAGGUAUCUACAACAAACAUCUGAUUCAAAUGUUUUUAGAAGAGAACACUGAAGGACAUAUGUUCUGAAUAGUCAACCAAAAUAGUUAUAAGAAAACUACACUAUUUUGUCAAGAACUUAGGAGGUAAUUAUUGUUCUGGUGAAACUGCAGCAGGUGACAAAUUAGGCUGCCAAAAAUGUUCUAAAAAAUAAAUAAAAAAAAUACACUUUCUUUAACUGUAAUAAAGAAAGAAAAAAAAAAGUGAAAAUUUGAUAACAAUUGUCUUAUGUACCAGGAAAAAACAGGUUAGAUGUUCAGUGGCUGCAGAGGCCAGUUCUGCAACAAAUGAAAGUUGAAAUAAGUCCCAGCUCACACCAGGGAGAACCAGUUAUCAAUCAAUACCUGAGGCUCCAUUUACAGGCCCCAGACUAAUGGAAGAGCUGUAUGCUUCACUCAAAGGAAGUACUGUAUACUGCCUUUUAAAGGAAAUUUUAAUUACCACAGCGUCCCCUCUCCCCACCAAGUGUGAUCGGUACUGGGCCUUAUAAGCCAUCCAGCCCCUCUCAGUGUGAUCAUAAAUAAUAUGCAUGAGUGCACUUAAAGCGAAAUCUUUGUUAGGUUUUGGUUUGGACAAUUGCCUUCAUUUUUACAGCAGCUCGGUCACCAUUUGCCAAGACCACAGCAUGACUGCUAUACAUAGGGUGCAAAAGCCAACAGGCGCAUGAUAAAUCGAGUUAUACUUGCCUAAAACGGUUUCCCACAGAUGUUCCUCUUCAGCUGCCAGGGGACAAUAAAAGAAUACAACACGGAGGGAUCCUCCACAGACCGCCUUUUCCUUUCAGUGAUCACUGACAGCGGAAUGCUUGACAAAAAAAAAGGUAGCUCUGCCUUUUGCCAAGCACAGGAAUAAUUCCUAGACAAAGUAAUUCUUACUUUAUCUUUUUGCUGGUUUGGAAUGUUGCUGAACAUAAGUCAAUAUGAGCAUUUCAUAUUUAGUUUUUUUAACUCAUUUUAGAUAGAAGUGAGACACUUUAAAGGGACACUAUCAUCACCAGAACCACUACCAGUGUUUCUAUUGUCCAGAGCCAAACCCUGCAGGCUUUUUAAAUGUAAACACUAGCUUUACAAAGAAAAGACAAUUAUUUACAUUAGUGCCAAGUAGCAUCCCUAAUGGCAGUUACUCAGAUGACCCCUAGAGUUGCUUCUUGUGUUCAGAACCUCUAUGCAGAACGUGAAAACGCUGAACUUCUCCUGAGAGAUGCACUGAUCCAAUGCAUCUGAGAUGGUUAGCUGUGCAAAAGCUUCCCAAUGCUUUUACAUGGAAAAACAUUGGAUUGGCUGAGAUCAUCAAGCUUGGAGGCAGAGCGAGCCGCAGCAAGAUCAGAAAAGGAGAAAAGUUAAGUUUAACCCCUUAGUGACUGGUGCAAUGCCAGGUACGUCCUCCAGAAAAACGGUUGUUAAAAACCAGACGUACCAGGUACGACAUUUAGUAGAUCGGAACUUACCCGAUAGCUGGCGAUCGUGAUCCUGGGUCUGCCUGGGACCUCAGGCAGACCCCCACUUCCCAGGCCAUGUGAUCACGGGGUCCUCGCGAUCGCAUGGCCGGAAUAGUCAGCUUGUGCAGUGCCUGCAGGAGGCCUGAGCUCUCAGGCUGUCCCCCUAGUGCCUGAAAAAAGUUAUUAAAAAACAUUAAAUAAGAGUUUAUAAAGUUCACAAAACUUACUUAGAUCAUAUACACAUGUAUAUAUGAGCUAAGUACUUUUACAUGCACAUAAACACACAUACAUCAUUAUUAAAAGUGUAUUUUAAUUAUAUAUAUAUAUAUAUAUAUAUAUAUAUAUAUAUACACACACACACACAUAUAUAUAUAUAAAUAAUACAAUGUUAAACAAAAAUCUGCACACCAGUCAAGCCAUAAGACUUGCUUAUCCCACAGAAAUCCCAUAACUGCAGCGAUGUUACAACAGCAAAGGAUUCUGGGUGGGCAUAUGCAAAUUAGUUUAACAAAGAAUCACAUUUUCUAGGCUGCCAUAACGUCAUAUAUAUUAAAAUUGAAAAAAUUAUAUACCGGUUUAAAUUUGUUCUAACUGUAUCUUGAGAGAGAUAUAUAUUUAAAUCAAUAUACAUUUAGUAUGACAUAAAUCCACAAAUCCCUUUAAUGACCGUGGAUGUACUAGGUACGUCUGGCAAAUAGGAGCCCUGAACCGGCGAUCAAUGUCGAGAGCGGGGAGAGUGGAGGGGCGGCACACACACACACUGCUGGAGACCCCAGCAGUCCCCCUGACACAGCUCUGGUCACCCGGCCCAUGUGAUCACCAUGGCCGCAAUAGGAGUCUAUGGAGCUGACUAUCUGAGCGGUCAGGCAGUCCCCCAGGCUGCAAAAAAGUAAAAAUAAAAUAUAUAUGUAUAAUAUAUUAUAAAAUAAUUAGAGCAUUUUAUAAUAUAUUAUACAUAUAUGAUUUCAUUAAAUGUGUACUUUCAGAAAUAUACACAUCUCAAUACACACUAUAAUGAAAUCAAAUAUUACACAAUGCUUUAGUUUUAUUUAUAUAUAUAUAUAUAUAUAUAUAUAUAUAUAUAUAUACACACAUACACACACAACUACAUAAUUAUUUGAUUUUAUUAGUUAUAAUACCAGGCAGAAACUCCAGAGAAUUUAAUUGACAAGCCCUAUAUUUAACCCGUAACUUUCCAAUACACCAUCAAAUCUAUACAUGGGGGGUAUUGUUACACUCGGAAGACUUCGCUGAAUACAAAUGAGUGUUAUAAAUCCGUAAAACUCAUCAUGACGAUGAAACCACCAGUAAAAGUGCAGUUUGUGUGUUUAACCCCUUAAGGACCGAGGACGGUUCAGGACCGUCCUAACGGUCAGAGCUACUUACCUGAUCGCCGUCGUUCCCCCGGCGGCGAUCAGCGUUGCUCUGGUUGUGGGGAGACUGCCUGCAGCCCAGACAGUCUCCCCACGGCAGAUUAGGACCCCUGGGGCCAUGUGAUCGCUUAACAGAGCGAUCACAUGGUCACAAUAGGUGUCCAUGUGUCUGCCUGCAGGGGGACUGUCUGUGCUGACAGGCAGUCUCCCUGCUAGUGUAAAAUCAAUUAAAAAAAUAAAGUUAGUGUUAAUAAAAAAAAAUAAAUAAUUAUAUAUGUGUAUAUAUGAUAUAUAGACAUAUAUUAUAUCUAUAUAAUAUAUGUCUAUAUAUCAUAUAUAUAAUGCCAUACUAAGUGUAUUUUUAUAUUAAUAUGUACUUAUAUUAAUAUAAAAAUACACUUAUAAUUAAAUUACACACGUAUAUAUAUAAUAUAUAUAAUAACUAUAUAUAUUGUAUAUAUAUUAUAAAAUAUAAAUAAUAAGUAAUUUAAAUUAAAUAAAUUUUUUUUUAAAUAAUAAUAAAAAAUUUAAAAAAAAUUAUAUAGCUAUAUGAAAUUUUAUUCUAACUGUAUUUUAAAAUUAAUAUAUAUAUAUUUAUAUCAAAAUACACUUAGAAUGAAUUUGUAUAUAUAUCUAUGUAUAUAAAAAUAAAUAAAAAUAAUAAGAAAUAUACAUAUGUCCAUAUACAAAAUUACAUAAAUAAUUAUAUAAAUAUACACGUAGACUUCAAAUAUAUAAAUAUGCAUAUAUAUUUAAAUUCUACGUGCGUAUUUAUGUAAUAUUUUUACAUAAUUCAGUAAUUUUAUUGAUUGCAAUUUGAGGGACCUGCCUGCCAACCCAGGCCGAAAUUCCAGAGAAUUUAAUUUGCUAGCACUGUAUUUUACCCUGUAACGUUCUACGACACCCUAAAACCUGUACAUGGGGGGUACUGUUUUACUCGGGAGACUUCGCUGAACACAAAUAUUAGUGAUUCAAAACAGUAAAACAUAUCACAGCGAUGAUAUUGUCAGUGAAAGUUACUUUUUUUGCAUUUUUCACACACAAACAGCACUUUUACUGAUGAUAUAAUUGUUGUGAUACGUUUUCCAGUUUUUAAACACUAAUAUUUGUGUUCAGCGAUGUCUCCCGAGUAAAACAGUACCCCCCAUGUACAGGUUUUAUAGCAUUUUUGAAAGUUACAAGGUCAAAUAUAUGGGUCAAAUAUUUUUACAUUGAAAAUGGCCAGGUUGGUUACGUUGCCUUUGAGAGCGUAUGGUAGCCCAGGAAUGAGAAUUACCCCCAUGAUGGCAUACCAUUUGCAAAAGAAGACAACCCAAGGUAUUGCAAAUGGGGUAUGUCCAGUCUUUUUUAGUAACCACUUGGUCACAAACACUGGCCAAAAUUAGCGUUCAAUUUAGUUUUUUUACUUUUUUCACACACAAACAAAUAUGAAUGCUUACUUUGGCCAGUGUUUUCGACUAAGUGGCUACUAAAAAAGACUGGACAUACCCCAUAUUGAAUACCCUGGGUUGUCUACUUUAAAAAUAUGUACAUGUGGGGUGUUAUUCAGAGAUUUAUGACAGAUAAUAGUGUUACAAUGUCACUAUUGAUAAAUUUUAAAAAUGUAUGUUUUGAAACCGCAAUAUCCUACUUGUACCUAUAGCCCUAUAACAUGCAAAAAAAAGCAAAAAAGCACGUAAACACUAGGUAUUUUUAAACUCAGGACAAAAAUUUGAAUCUAUUUAGCAGUUUUUUUCAUUCGCUUUUGUAGAUGAGUAAAAGAUUUUUCAAGUAAAAGUCAAAAAACAUGUAUUUUUUCAAUUUUUCAUCAUAUUUUUUUAUUUUUUUUAAAUUAAAAUACAUGAGAUUAUAUAAAUAAUGGUAUGUAAAGAAAGCCCCUUUGUCCUGAAAAAAACAAUAUAUAAUUUGUAUGGGAACAGUAAAUGAGAGAGCGGAAAAUUGCAGCCAAACACAAACACCACAAAAGUGUAAAAAUAUGCCUGGUCGCAAAUGUACAACAUCGCAAAAACAGUCCAGUCCUUAAGGGGUUAAAAAAAAAAAGCAAAUUACAAAUUUGGGCAAGUGUUUGUGGCUAAGUGGUUACUACAAAAGACUAGACAUACCCCAUUUUGAAUACCUUGGGUUGUCUACGUUUUCAAAUGGUACGUCAUGGUGGGGUUAAUUUUCAUUUCUAGGCUGCCAUAGCGUCUCAAAGACAACCUAGGCCCAGCAAACCAAUCUGGCAAAUUUCAGUGUGCAAACAUGGAAACGCCCUACAUUUGACCCCUGUAAGUUUGCUGAAACCCAUAAAACCUGUACAUUGGAGGUAUUGUUGUACUCAGGAGAUGUUGCUGGGUUUUCUUUGUAAGUAACAUAACAGGAACUGAGAAUCCAUGCCUAAAGUACAAUGUGAGAAAAAUAAAGAAAAUGACUACCCAAAAGUUUGACAAAGACUGGUGGAAGAAUUAGUGCAUUGAAAGUGUUAAAAUAUCACCAUUUGAAAUACCCUAGGGUGUCUACUUUUCAGAAAUAGAUGGUUUGAUGGGGGUAAAUUACACUGACCGGCUUCAAAAUUGUCCCAAAUAGGACAUCAGUGCAUUAUGACCAGCUGUGAAAAUUCCAAGUUAGAAAACUGGAAUGUGCACACUCCAAAUAAAGUCUUUUAGCCCCCAGAGAACCCACACCUAUACAUGCAGGGCCGGACUGGUGAUACAAAGCAGCCCUCAAGAGAAAAAAUAAAAUAAAAAUAAAUCUAUGCCAGCUCCAUAAGUCAUUGCGCCAUAUAUUGUCGCAUGUAAUAUGUACGGCUGUCUUGCCACCCCAGAUGAAUAUAUAUAUUGCUUUUUCUUACAAAAUAUUGGUCCUUUAAGAGUAAAAUGUUUAAUUUUACAGUAAGCAUACUCACAUGCAGACACAGACAAUCUCACUGAUCUACAUAAGCUCAUUGACAUAAAAACACAAGCUCACUCACUAGCAGGCGCGCGCACACACAGCUUAAAGUAGUGGUUCUGGUGUCUAUAAGCCUGUCCCUUCAGGCUUUUCAAUGUAAACACUGACUUUUUAGAGAAAAGGCAGUGUUUUCAUUGCUUCCUAGUGACAGUCACUCAGACGGUCAAUAGAGGGGCUUCCUGUGUCAGUGCUGUAAAGAGUGCUGAAUCAAUGCAUCUGUAUGAUGAGAUGCUGAUUGGUGUAACGUUCUGCAGCCAAUCAUAUGGCAAAGCAUUGGAUGAGAUCAUCAAGUUUGAUGAUCUCAGCCAUAGAGGCAGGGCCAGUCGAGGGGAGACCAGCACGGCGUCGAGAAAAACACACACACACACACAUAUAUAUAUAUACAUAUAUACAUACACUACACAUAUAUAUAUAUAUACAUACAUAUAUAUAUAUAUACAUACAUAUAUAUACAUACAUACAUAUAUAUAUAUACAUAUAUAUAUAUAUAUACACACACACACACACCAUGACACAGACACGCAUAUUAUUGAUACCUGUGGGCAACCGGCCAGGGUGUUGUGCAGGGCAGACAGCUGGGUGUGAUGGCGACGGGGGAAUUGUGCUCUCUUCUACCCAGAUUAAUGAGACCGGGAUAUGACGUCAUAGAACAGAUACAGCACAGCUCCUCCUGCAGCCGCAAGCACAUCCAGCUGUCUGCCCGGCCCGCCUGGAAAUUUUCCGGUGCCCCGGUGUGCCACUCCGGCCCCGUAUACAUGGGUGGUAUCACUGUACUCGGGAGAUGUUGAACACAUAUUGGGGUAUUCUUUGGCAGUAAACCUCAACACUGAGAUAUCAGUGUCACAAUGUAAGUUGUGUUAAUUUUGGAAGAAAAAAUAAGAUGAUUUAGAAAUAGUAAAGUGCUACUUGUACUUAUUGCCCAACAACUUUCCAAAAAAACUAAGAACAUGUCAAUAUUGGGCAUUUCUAAACUCAGGACAAAAUUUAGAAACUAUUUAGCACAGGUGUUUUUUGGCAGUCGUAGAUGCAUAACAGAUUUUGGGGGUCAAAGUUAGAAAAGGUGUGGUUUUUACAUUCCCCCCUCAUCAUAUUUUAUAAACAUUUUUUUUAUAGUAAAUUAUGAUGAAAAUAAUGGUAUCUUUAGAAAGACCAUUUAAAGGACCACUAUAGUGCCAGGAAAACAUACUCGUUUUCCUGGCACUAUAGUGCCCUGAGGGUGCCCCCACCCUCAGGGUCCCCCUCCCGCCCGGCUCUGGAAGGGGGAAAGGGGUAAAAACUUACCUUUUUCCAGCGCUGGGCGGAGAGCUCUCUGCCUCCUCUCCGCCUCCGUUACGCCCCGCCGGCUGAAUGCGCACGCGCGGCAAGAGCUGCGCGCGCAUUCAGCCCGUCGCAUAGGAAAGCAUUUACAAUGCUUUCCUAUGGACGCUUGCGUGCUCUCACUGUGAAAAUCACAGUGAGAAGCACGCAAGCGCCUCUAGUGGCUGUCAAUGAGACAGCCACUAGAGGAUUAGGGGGAAGGCUUAACCCAUUCAUAAUUAUAGCAGUUUCUCUGAAACUGCUAUAAUUAUGAAAAAAUGGGUUAACCCUAGAAGGACCUGGCACCCAGACCACUUCAUUAAGCUGAAGUGGUCUGGGUGCCUAGAGUGGUCCUUUAAUGACAAGAAAACAGUAUGUGGGUACAGUAAAUAAAUGAGAGGUAAAACACAGACACAGCAGUAAUGUAAAAACAACCCUGGUCUUUAGGUAAGAAAAUUGAAAAGCUGUCUGAACACUAAGGGGUCAAAGGGACGCUACAGUCUCCAGAACAACUACAACUUAAAGGACCACUCUAGGCACCCAGACCACUUCAGCUUAAUGAAGUGGUCUGGGUGCCUGGUCCAGCUAGGGUUAACCCAUUUUUUCAUAAACAUAGCAGUUUCAGAGAAACUGCUAUGUUUAUGAAUGGGUUAAGCCUUCCCCCUAAUCCUCUAGUGGCUGUCUCAUUGAUAGCCACUAGAGGCGCUUGCGUGAUUCUCACUGUGAUUUUCACAGUGAGAGCACGCAAGCGUCCAUAGGAAAGCAUUGUAAAUGCUUUCCUAUGCGACGGGCUGAAUGCGCGCGCAGCUCUUGCCGCGCGUGCGCAUUCAGCCCAGGAGGAGGAUCGGAGAAGGAGAGAAGGAGGAGAGCUCCCCGCCCAGCGCUGGAAAAAGGUAAGUUUUUAACCCUUUCCCCUUUCCAGAGCCGGGCGGGAGGGGGACCCUGAGGGUGGGGGCACCCUCAGGGCACUAUAGUGCCAGGAAAACGAGUAUGUUUUCCUGGCACUAUAGUGGUCCUUUAAUGUAGUUGUUCUGGCAAGUAUAGUAUAUCGUAUAGUAUAUAGUAUAGUAUAUCACUGUAAGAUUUUUCACGUGAACACUGCCUUUUCUGAUGAAAGGCAGAGUUUACUGCCUAGGGCCACCGCCAGUCAUCUAGACGGCCAUUAGAGGUGCUUUCUCAGUAUGCAGUGCACCAUCUUAUCCUAUUGAAAGCAUUGGAUUGGUUUUCCUCUAUAAUUCUAGUAAAUAAAUUUGUCCACGGUCUAAACUUGACUGAAGUUACUUCACAGAUGGUACUACACUCCGACAAGAUUGGCUAAAAUGUAUACUUCUCAAGAUCCUACUUGCUGGAGAUGUGGUACCUAUUCAGGUACAUAUAUCCACACAUGGUGAUUUUGCCCAGUAGAAAAACCACUAUGGGCCUGGGUCUAUAAUAUCUUUUCUGAAAUAUCUUUGAAUGAGGUAUCAUUUAAAGAUAUAAAUAAAAAUCCAGCAUCGGCCCUCCUUCAUCUGAACUGGCCUUUUAAAUCAAGUAAACAUAUUUGUUUAGCUAUCCACUGCUUUAUUGCAGCUAAAAUUACUAUAGCUAGACAGUGGAAAUCUUCCGAUCCUUUUCAGAAAAUUUCCCUAAUUAAAGGACCACUCUAGGCACCCAGACCACUUCAGCUUAAUGAAGUGGUCUGGGUGCCAGGUCCUUCUAGGGUUAACCCAUUUUUUAAUAAACAUAGCAGUUUCAGAUGAACUGCUAUGUUUAUGAAUGGGUUAAGCCUUCCCCCCAUUCCCUCUAGUGGCUGUCUUAUUGACAGCCACUAGAGGCGCUUGCGUGCUUCUCACUGUGAUUUUCACAGUGAGAGCACGCAAGCGUCCAUAGGAAAGCAUUGUAAAUGCGUUCCUAUGAGACGGCCUGAAUGCGCGCGCAGCUCUUGCCGCGUGUGCGCAUUCAGCCCAGGAGGAGGAGAGGAGGCAGAGAGCUCCCCGCCCAGCGCUGGAAAAAGGUAAGUUUUAACCCCUUUCCCCCUUCCAGAGCCGGGCGGGAAGGGGGCCCUGAGGGUGGGGGCACCCUCAGGGCACUAUAGUGCCAGGAAAACGAGUAUGUUUUCCUGGCACUAUAGUGGUCCUUUAAUCAAAUUAAAUUCCAACUGACAAUGGAAAACGAUAUGGUUAAAAAUUGGUCAGUGUUCUCUAAAAAAAGAGACUGGUAUUCAACUUGGCUAAAAAACUGUUCUCUACUUUAUGGUAAUUUAUAAAUCUCUUAGGCGACGUGUUUAUGGAAGAUGUAAUUCUAUUUGGGUAGCGGAAUUUAUCUUAUUGAUAACAUGUAUCUAAAUUUGCGCUUAUUUCCACUGAUAUACCUCUUAUUAUUUUCUAUAGACUUUUGUUUAUUCCAUAUUCAUGACUUCCUGUUUCUCGUUAUGUAUUUUUUUCUUCUUCGAUUGAUUGACAUAUCUUAAUGAAAGUAUCUUCUUCACAUAAAAAGAUUUAUUAUCAAAUCGGAUGUAUUUUGUAUGAAUGUAUGUAUGUAUUUUUUGAACUGUUUUGUAAUUCAAAAACAAAAUUUCCUAAUAAAAAAAAAAAAAAAAAAAAAAAAAGCAUUGGAUUGGCUGAGAUGGUCAAUUCGGAAGAUCUCAGCCUUAAAGGCUGAGCAGGGUCAGCUUUAUAUUUAAAAAAAAAUAAAAAAAAUAAACCACACACAAAGGUAAGCCUUUUAUGCUUUUUAAGGCGGAGGAGGGGCGGGAUGCAAGGAGAGGCACUAAAGAGCCAGAUAUACACGUUUGUAUUCCUGACCUGAUCGUGAAAUGAUAAUGAAAUACAUUUUAUUACCGAGACCUAAACAGUGCGUUUAACACUAGUGUCAGGAAGGGGUUAAAAUGCAUAUGUGGCCAGUGUCUUAGUCUAGCAAACACUCAUCAAUAAGACAGCCUUUUACUGGUUAAUAGUUCAUCAACAGCUAACUCCAACCAAUUACUUGUCUCUUCUCAUUUGUAGUAAGCCACCACACCGCAGCAACUAACCGUGGAUACUCCCGAAAACAUGACGGAGGAUAUUACAGCAUCUGACCAUAAAGCCUAGUCUGUCCAACGGAGACAUAACCUUUUCGCACCGUGUUAAAUAAAGAUAGGUUGCUCUCUGUAUCUGCUUCCCCCUUUAUUUGACCACAUAGCACUAUCGAGCGAUACUUUACGGGAGAAUUGAAUUCGUAUCGCAGUACAGAAUACGGUCGGGCCAGGCGAUUAGAGCGGGCCGGCCAGGUGCCCGGCACCAUACGCUCAUUAUCCGCAGUAACUGCUUCAAUCAGACAACGCGCUAAAACUUACAACUGGCGAGCGCUCUGUGCCCGCCCACACACUCGCGGCCCUCAGGCAUUGCAUGCUGGGCUAACGGCACUCCGAUCAGAAUCGCCUUUAUACUCACAGACAGAAGAGGUCCCCGUGAGAGCCUCCCGGUCUAGUAUAUCUGAUCAAUUCAUCAUGUCGGGUGCAGCAGCCUACAGACCUAAGCUCAGCGCACACAACCCACUGGGGGCUUAGCCAGAGUGGUUUCAUCAUCUCGCCCCUGGUGUAGGCUGCGACACGCAGGGGAGAUCAAAUAAGAUCAGUGUGUAAUGGGAAAGCACAGGAGCAGCGAGACAUUCAUACGGAGAGACCAUGCAUACCGGGGAAGGCGGGAGGGAGGGAGAGGAGAGACCAUUCACGACCACAUCUCGCACGACCGCUGUUCCUGUGUAAACUUCCGCUUCCAGCUCAGCCUUAUAUUGGCUGUAGUAGCAAAGCAUUCUGGGAUUUGCCAAACUAUUUCAGGAAGACGCCAGUCAAAGCGAAUUUGUGGCGCCAUCUUGAG